GCCGUUGGCUCAGCGGGACCCGGAAGUGACGCCACUCACUAAGCCCCCGCUUGUAUGUUCCGCUGUGCAGCGGCUCGGCUAGCUGAACAGGAGCGCUUCUAACGUUUGGAUUUUUUCCUCAAGCAGAAGUCGAGCGCUUUUUUCGUGUCAUUCUGCGUUUCUAGUUUCUCUCUGCUCGUCCCUAUUUCUGGUUUCCUCAUGAGUGACGGGGAGUGUGACUUCUUCUGCUUCUUCCGCUGCUGCUGAGUUCGGCACAGCCCCCCCGGGAUACGUGUCCAGUCUGGGGCAGACGGCGGCAGCACCGAGGGCCGCUUGCUGGUGGAAAGCGGCGUUUGAGUCGGCGCACGGAUAAGCCCCAAGGGCUAUGUCUGUGGACAUGAGCAGCCAAGCGUCCGACAGUAAUGAGGAAGAUUUCGAGGAGGAGGAGAAUGAGGGCGCAGAAGAGGAAGAUCAGGGUGAUAUGACUUAUUAUUAUGAAGGCGUGGCUGGCGACGUGGAGCAAGCGGAACCUGACGCUUUUGACCCAGAAGAAUACCAGUUCACGUGUCUAACGUAUAGAGAAAGCCAGAGACUGCUGACUGAGGAGGUCAACCAUGUGUCCACCUCCCUUAAGGUGUCACCAGCUGUAGCCAAACUGGUCCUUGUACAUUUCCACUGGCAAGUGUCACAAAUACUAGACAGGUACAAGUCCAACUCGUCUCAGUUGCUUUGUGAGGCCCAGGUUCAGCCCAUAAGCACCUGCCGAUCUCUCACUGCCGUGGCGUCGUUGCAGUGCGGUGUGUGUCUGCAGUUUGUACGGAGAGAUGCGCUGCUCUCUCUACCGUGUCAGCACUCCUUCUGCAAAUCCUGCUGGGAGCAGCACUGCACCGUGCUGGUCAAAGAUGGCAUAGGAGUGGGGAUCUCGUGCAUGGCUCAGGACUGUUCUCUUCAGAUGCCAGAGGAUUUCGUCCUGCCACUGCUGCCCAGCGAAGAACUAAAGGACAAAUACAGACGCUACCUCUUCAGGGACUACGUGGAGAGUCACUUCCAGCUGCAAUUGUGUCCUGGCGCAGACUGUCCCAUAGUCAUAAAGGUGCAAGAGCCUCGAGCUCGCAGAGUUCAGUGCAGUCGUUGCGAUGAAGUCUUCUGUUUUAAGUGCAGACAGAUGUACCACGCCCCCACAGAUUGCGCUACCAUCCGCAAAUGGCUCACUAAAUGUGCAGACGAUUCAGAGACGGCAAACUACAUCAGUGCACACACUAAAGACUGUCCUAAGUGCAAUAUCUGCAUUGAGAAAAAUGGAGGCUGCAACCACAUGCAAUGCUCCAAGUGUAAACAUGAUUUCUGCUGGAUGUGUUUGGGAGAUUGGAAGACUCACGGCAGCGAGUAUUACGAGUGCAGUCGCUACAAAGAGAAUCCUGACAUCGUGAACCAGAGCCAACAGGCGCAGGCUAGAGAGGCCCUGAAAAAAUACCUCUUCUACUUUGAGAGGUGGGAGAACCACAAUAAGAGUUUGCAGCUGGAGGCUCAGACGUAUCAGCGCAUUCAGGAGAAGAUUCAUGAGAGGGUCAUGAAUAACCUGGGUACCUGGAUUGACUGGCAGUACAUGCAAAAUGCUGCCAAGCUACUGGCCAAGUGUCGCUACACACUGCAGUAUACCUACCCUUACGCCUACUACAUGGAGUCUGGACCCCGCAAAAAACUGUUUGAGUACCAGCAGGCGCAGCUGGAAGCGGAGAUCGAGAACCUGUCAUGGAAGGUGGAGAGGGCAGACAGUUACGAGAGAGUAGAGGGAGAGCUCAAUGCCACUGAUAGAGGGGAUUUGGAAAAUCAGAUGCACAUUGCUGAACAGAAGAGACGCACACUGCUGAAGGACUUUCACGACACCUGAACGUCCGUCCAAAAUGCUCGCAGCGUUUGCUCUUUUCUGUCAUCUCUUCAACCCUCUUCAUCUGUUUUUUGCUCCAAAGAUCCCCUCACCUCCUCAUCCACUUUUGUUUCUUUUGUGCUGUUUCUCAUCUCUCUCUCGUUCUCUAAUUCACAGGCCAUCUCUCCUGCUCUCUCUCUCUCCCUCCCUCCCUCCCCCAUCUGUCUCUCAGCUCCAGGGUUUCAGAAUAUUACGACUGUAUCCUCAUUCAUGCCCCAUUUUUUUUUUUUUUUUUUUUUUUCUUCACACCUCAGUAUCAGCUCACAACACACACAGAGAGUUUAAAACACUCCUGAAACAUGGACUAACUGCUGCUCUUCCAGCUGAUUCCUCCCAGUAAUCACUGUUUGUUUUUGUUUUUUGUUUUUUUUUUUCUUUCAGCUUUUCUUUUUUUUUUUUUGCUUCUCACUGAGUUGAUUUUUUUUUUUCCUGAAAGAUGGCUGUUGAUAGUUAGCUCAUUUAAAAACAAACAUGCUGUAAUUUUCAACGGUUGUACAUUAAUACAGAAAUAGUUACUGAGAGAAGGUUUUUAAACCAGAUAUUGAGUCCUGUGUGUUUGUUCUGUACACACGUGCGCGCACACACACACCACAUGUCUCCUUAUUGUAAUAAUUUUUUGUAAUGAAAUGGAAAAUGUUAUUUCAACAAAUUAGUGAGCUAAUGCUGUCAUUCUCUGGUACGUUUGUCUUUUAGAAACCUUCGUGAGCAAGUUAAGUGUGCCUUUACCUCACGCCCACUUCCGUUUCUGUGUGCUCACGUGCUUGUUUGGCAUGUGUAACCACUGCAUUUUCAGGUCUAUGCGCACAGACCAAAUAUAGCAAGCCCUGUGAGCCUGAGAUAAAAUUAACCCCAUGGGAUGGCCCAUGCACACGUGCAUCCAGAAGAUAGAGAAAACACAGCUACGCCCAACACUACAUCAUUGUGCCCUACCUACUACCCAGGACAGACUGUAUUCGGAAAAUCAGCUUUUGCCUGUUUGGGUGAACUGAGAUAAUGUGAAGCUUGUAGUUUCUUUAGGAAAUAAAAAUAUUCACAUUUUUACGUGCCACUCAGAAGCACUCAGACUAGAGAAACUGUUCGCUGGCUCACUGUUAUUGUAGUACAGUGCAAGUGACAAACAGGCUAUGCUCUAACCCGCAUACUGUGGUUCUAAGUAGUAGUACACCAUAAACUAUUGAUGUAAACCUCAGUCUUCCAGACAAUACAAUGUGAUCUCAAUUCUUAAGGCAAUGAUUGAGUAUUUGAAGAUACCACUGAAUCUGCUAGGAUACGAUUUCGAUUCAUAAGGCAACAAAUACAAUGUUUGACUGUUCUACUGAAUCUGCUGUGUUUUGAUAAUUUCCAUUUAUAAGGCAAUGAUAUGAUAUUUGAUUAUACCACAGAAUAUGCUAUGAUACAAUACCAUACUUUUCUAGCUGACCACCGUUAAUUUAAGAGUGAUGACAUGGAGAUGGCCUAUUUUAAGUAUCGGAAUUUAUGAGCAAAUCAGCUUGCUAGUCUAUUUACACAUCAGUUUAAAAUUAUGACAUAUUGAUGAUAGUAAUGAUUGUAUGCAACAUUACUCUGUCCCAAAAGGUAAUUGGGACAGAGUUAAUUUCAAACGUUGCCUUUUAAUUGAUGCAUUGAUCCAAAUCAUCUGAUCAUUACAUCCCUACUAUUUACUACAUUUGUGUGGCAUUUUGUGGGUGUCCUGUGGGUAGUUGGUGGAGUAUAAAGCAUGUUUAAAUGCUCUUAAUAUUGUUGAUUAUAUUAAGUCCAUAGCAAUUUUGUAUGUAAAUAUCAAACUUGGAGUAAUUAAAAAAACUCAAACAGUU